GCCGGCGCCAUUCAGUACAUUCUCAACCGGCGACGGAGACACGCGCUGACACAAUAUAAAUAAAUUACGAUAACAAAAAUAUAUAUUUAAUGUGGUUUUUGUGUUGAGGACAGCCUUGUGUUUAGAUUCACAAUUUGUUACCGGCGCGUACGCUAAAAGUCGGCGUUAGUUGGUGAUCGUGCUAACUGUGGAUUAAGUACUGUUUUCCCGCAAAGUGCAUUUCGGACGACACCAUGGUACAAAGAGUUGCUACAGACGAGCGGCCGUUCGAGACCCCAUCUUCCGAUGAGAGCGGCUUGGGGAGGGACUCUCCUACUGAUGACUCUGAGCCUGAAGCUGCUUUGGUCGUCCCUCCCGAUGGAGGCUGGGGCUGGGUGGUGGUGGCUGCUUCUUUCAUUUGCAACUUCAUUGUCGAUGGUAUACUUUUCUGUGGUGGAUCUUUCCAGAAACCCAUUCAGAAUGAAUUUAAUGUGACUGGGGGAGUGGUGGCACCAGUCUUCUCAUUACUACAGGGAUUUUAUCUUAUCGCUGGUCCGUUUGCUUCUGCCUUAGCAAAUAAGUAUGGUUUUCGUGUUGUGACGAUUUUGGGAAGUAUGAUUACGGCUUGUGCGUUUUCGUUGUCAUAUUUUGCGUCCAGCGUUGAGUAUUUGUACCUAAUCUAUGGAAUAAUGGGAGGGAUUGGCUUCUGUAUGAUAUACAUGCCUGCCGUGUUGACUGUCGGUUUCUACUUCGAGAGAUGGCGCGCUUUAGCCACAGGAUUGGCACUUUGUGGCUCCGGAGUCGGUACCUUUGUGUUCGCACCGCUGACUGACUCUCUUAUCUCCAACUAUGGUUGGAGAGUUGCCGUUGCAAUUAACGGAGCGUUCCUUCUCAUCUGUCUGGUUUGCGGUCUCGCAUUUAGGCCCAUACAACCUGUUAGGGUGACAUUAGCAGAUCAAAGAGAAGAAGAUGAUACGUCGCGGCGACACGAGGAAGCUGUCGAGAAACUUAACUCCAUGCUCAAACUCCACAACAAACUGGACUCUGGAAUCUCAAUGCCCCCAGAAAUGAGAUUCACCAACCGAGUCAGCCCACACACAUGGAUGGGAGUCGCCAAUAACACUAGGUACCCGACUGCCGAAGAAGUCUUCCGGGGAAGCAACUCACAUCUCAGCAGAAGGUCGUCGGCAACGGCCGGCACGAUUAAACAUAAUUGUAAGCCGCUCUUCAUUGCCAGCUCAGUGGCCGAAAAAGACGAACAGGAGGACUCUAACAGCAAUGUCGACAAUGCCGAGCCACUGAUUGCUAAUACAGUUAAAAUAGUCACGCGGGAGGCUCGGCCUCGCCGAUCCCACCUCGAUUUGGUCGCACGCCCUAUGUAUCGUGACGAUAUCUUUUUCGGGGGCAGUCUCGCAAGGCUGCCUCAAUACACGUCUAGAACAUCGCUCGGGUACCACUUGGCCGUGACGCACGUCCCGACAAAGGAGGAUACACAGGAGGAGCAGUCUGGAAAAUGUCAACUCUGUCCGGAAGCGGUGAGACGAGCGCUCGCUACCAUGCUGGACGUCAGCUUGUUCCGGUCGCCGACGUUUAACAUACUGGCCAUAAGCGGAUUCUUCACUAUGUUGGGAUUCUUCGUGCCGUACACAUACGUAGCACAGAGGGCGGAAGACAACGGCUGGACUAAAUCGAAGAGCGUGUGGUUGAUAUCGACGAUCGGCAUUACAAACAUCCUCGGACGUAUUGCAUGUGGGCUGGUUUCCUCUAUGCCAAAAGUGUCUCCACUAUGGUUGAACAACAUCGCUCUUACUGCCGGUGGCGUGGCUACGAUGAUGAGUGGACUGUACUUCAAUGAAAUCUACCAGUUCGGAUACUGCGCAAUCUUUGGGCUAGCUGUCGCAUGUUUCGCAUCCCUUCGUUCAAUCUUGGUGGUGGAGUACAUAGGUCUAGAGCAGUUGACCAACUGCUUCGGUUUGUUCCUGCUCUUUCAGGGCCUCGGAGCUGUGUUAGGUGUUCCCAUAGCAGGUGCUCUAAUGGACCUAACACAUAGCUACACCAUAUCGUUCUGUGUCUCUGGCGGUUUCUUAAUCUUUUCUGCCGUAAUGUGUUACCCAGUGGACUACAUUAGUCGGUGGGAGAAAUCUAGGAGCAAGCUGUCCACCCCAAAAGUCUGAAAUAUGAGAAAUCGAGAUGUGAUUCCAACACACCAGGUUUCUGGUAGAAUUUUUAGUCCGUUUUAGGACGUAAAUGAAAGAAGAUGGGAAAUGGUUCUCCAUAACUUGUCUACAAAUUAAAAAUUUGACCACAUUAUUCCUUAACAAUACAUUAUUUAUAUAGAACUCCAUAGACUAAGCAUAUGUAACACAUAACUUUAUAUCCACAAUUAAAUGACAAUGUAAAUAAAACAUACUUAGAAAUAAUAAUUGCAGAACAAACAGUUAUUGAAGAGUUGAAACCAUUUCGUAUUACUUCUUUCAUGUUAGGUGAUCACUGCCUUUCCGCAGUUUAUUCUUUAAGUGGCCUUUGACGAAUCAAAUCCUUCCAUGAACCUAUUUCAUAUAUAUAUAUAUAUAUUAAUUUUUGUACUUAUAAUGCACCGGUCGUGUACAGAUAAUGGGUUGCACUCAUUCUGAAACUAGCAGCUGUCAAUACCACCUGACAGUUUCAUGGAAGUUUCCAUAACGGCCAAAUCUUAGCCAAAUUGGGAAAACGAAGCUCGCAUUUUGGAACUAGUUGAUAGUCAACAGCCAAAUUAUUUUUAAGAAAUUGGAACUCUAGUUUUGUACUUAAACGAACAUCACGUAGAGAUUAAUUUUUAUCGGAAUAUACGAAUAGUAGAGUGACACAUUGAAGCCCAAAAAUUGUGAUGGUAGAGUUUGUGCAUUUAAAUUAGUUAAGUAUAUAGUUUAGUUUUAAAAGUACAAAGCGAGAAUAUAUUUAUGACGUGCAAUAUAUCUAUUUGAGUAACGUCAAUGAAUGUUCAAUAUGGAAAUUUUGAGAAUAAUCUUGUCAGGGUACUAUAAAACCGAAUUUGAAGUGCCUUACUAUUUAAAAUAUUAAAUGUGUACACAAUAAUAAUUGCUAAAGAUGUUUAUGCGAUCUUGAUAAAGUAGAAAAGUACCUAUACAUACAAAUUUUUCGUACGCUACGCGCCUUUUAAAGUUCUUGGUGUGAAUAUGAAUGAGUUUUUGAAUUAUAUACCUUUAUGACCCUUAAACCAAUUUAUCAUUAGAUUAAGGCGUAAUGUUUAAAAACGUGUGAUUAUAAAUUAUAUUUUUAAUGUAUGUGCCUUAUUGUAAGUUGUUAUGAGAUAGACAAGUUAUCUUUUAUUGAAGAUAAAUUAUAUUUUGUCUCCAUGCUACUUUUACUUUUAAUAUGCCUAUUGUACUUGAUUCCUUUAUAUUUUAUUAAUUAUGUAUUUUACAGGACAAGCUGUAAAUAGAAUUACAACAUAUAAUUAUUUCAGUAUGUUAAUAAAACGCAAUGUAAUUUGUAAUUUCUAUUCAUUCGGUCAUUUCCACAAAUCAUAUUUUAACAAUUACCAACUAUGUGUCCUUAGUAGGUAAUUGAUUAUUACUAUGUUGCUUGUAGAAUAAAAUGAUAAUUGAUAUUAAGAUAACUGUGGCUGUGGUUUGUAGAAAUAUAUGUAAAAUUAUAGUCAUAUUUAACUUCUUAUUAUUGUUUAAGAAUUCACAAAUUCAGGCUUACGGGAAGUGCGACAUAUAUUAUACUUUUUUUUUAACUCACCGGAUUCAAAGAAGUAGAACCAACUUCAUAAACUGACAUAGAUGACCACUUCAAGAUAUCUUUAAUGAAUUUAGUUAUUGCCUUAGAAUUUUUGGUACAUAUUUGUAUAUAAUAUAAAAAAAAUCUAAUGUGACUAUGAUUUUAUUUCAAUUUAAACAGUAAACCCCACAGUGCCAUAAGUUUAACUCGGUAACAUUUCCCCACAUUAUUUUAGAUUUAGUUGUAACAGUAUAUCCAAUAAACUUGUUGUUAUUA